GAAGUGAAGGUACCUUUUCUUUUCACCCCGUGCGCUCAAAGACCAAAAUCUCUUGAUAGUGUCCUGUGCUGCAUUUCUUUUUUGUUGUGUAGUUAAAAACCAUUGUUUUUUCUUCUACUCUUUUCCUGUCGUUUACAUCGAGAGUCUAACUGCGAAGCAGCUGGAUCCUUCUCCGCAGGCAGUGAAAGGCAACCCACACUCCGAAGUACCUGAUUCGUGCGUCAUGAAGAGUCCAGCAGCAGUUGUGGUGGCGAAGACCACGACCACGGAGUCUGUCGAGCUCACAAAUGAGGAUAUUCCCGUUUCACCGAGGCAUCCCUCGAAGCGGAUGCUCAACAAGGAGAUCAGUAUUAUCAUGCUCGUCAUGGCGGCACAGACAAUCACCGGUAUGGUAAAGAUCCAAGAGAACAGCGGGGGCGCGGAGCUCGUUGCUGAAUCCCACAACUUCCACGAUCGUCCGUGGCUGCAUGACAAGUCGUUUUUCUCUGCUUCGCAUUACUCGUCGGUGUCGUCAUUGGAGCAGCUGCCUUAUGUGGCUAUGUCGGAAGGCAUCUCAUCGUCCAGCGCGCAUUCUGACGCGAGCGAGAGCUGCGACGACGACCGCGACGAGGAGGACGUUGCGGCCGCGCUGUUGGCGUCACGGCUGACGAUCCCGCGCCGCGCGAACCAGCGCUUUGCGCACGACGAGGACGUGUGGGAGAACAUCUUCAGCUCUCUGCCGUGGGAUGCGGCGACGCAGGCCCGCGAGCUGAGCAAGUUCCACUUCGGCGAGUCACUGGCGCACGUGACGAUUGCGCGGAUGCCGCAGAGCAAGACUGUUGCCCUGUUCAUCCCGUGCCCGGAGGACCUGGACGGUGACGACAUGGCCGUGGAGGCGGAGCUCGCGCCGCGGCUUGCGAGCGCUGACGGUGCGUCGGGGAGCAGCGGCCAGCGCCUGUUCCUGGGCCAGCUGCGCCGCACGGGCACGGUGCCGAUGGUGCGGUGGCUUGUGAACACCGUGUUCAACGCGCCGCCCGGUGCGCUUGUGUCCGUGGAGAACCGCCGCAACACGCGCACGCAACGCGGGAAGGGGUGUGCGUGGGCGACGAUCAGCGACGCGGCGACGGUGGAGCGGAUGCUCGGUGCGCACCACCGGCUGUUCUUCGACACUGUGGACGGCGUGGAAGGCGUGUGGCUUGUGCCGGAGGGCUACGAGGACGCGCUGCAGACGGAGGUGUCGCUGCGGAGCGAGGGCAGCGCGCACCCGAAGCACAUGCCGCGCGGCACGAUCGUGGUGGAACUGCCGGCAUCUUCGGCGGGUAAGACGCGGGCAGCGAUGACGGUGGAGGCGGAGGCAGCUGAAAGAUCGGCUGGUACGACGAUGUCGGAGAGUGGCGGUGCGGCCACCUCGGUUUGUGCUGCGACACCUCCGCAGAACUUCGUUGGACCAGAGAACGAGGAGGAGAUCACGGUGCCUGUUGAGAAAUCAGCGGCGGAUGAUGUGCGUCUCUUUGCGGAGGAGCGGUUUGUGCCGUACCGCGUUCCCGGCGUGGACUUUGUGCGGCCUUGUGUGUACCGCCUGAACCCGUACACAUCAAUGAUGUAA